GGUGGGAGGAGAUCAAGAGGGGCCAAGGGUUAAGAAUGGGUACCAGUUGGCAUCUCCUAGGAGGUGGGCGAUCGGGCGACGCCUGGAAGGGAAGGACUAGAAAAGGAGACGGCGAGGAAACGGUCUGAUUCCUGCAGGGCGACGGGAGGGGGCGCGCAACCGGUGACCCUGGGUUGGGGAUGGCGGACUCUGCAUCGGGUCUAGGCCACUGUUCCCGGUAUUUCUUCUCCACCCUCCUUCCAUUUUGGAGCCGGAAAUGGUCUUUAGGUCCGUUGGUGCAGCAGAUUUCAAGGCUACGAGAGGAAUAUUGCUUCUGAUUCCUGCAGGAAGAAGAAGCAGGAAAAAAAAAUCUCAAGAUGGAAAAUGUCCCCAAGGAAAGCAGAGGAGAGGAGCAGGUUCCAGUGCAGAAUGAGGAAGCCCGCCCUUUGGGAGGUGGUGAAGGCCAAGAACCUGGAGGAAACAUUAGAGGGGAAUGGGCUCCACCUGCCCAAGAUUUUAGAGAGGAUAUGCCCAAUAGGCUUGUCAAUAACAUUGACAUCAUAGAUGGAGAUGCAGAUGAUAUGGAAAGGUUCAUGGAGGAGAUGAGAGAGCUAAGGAGGAAAAUUAGGGAGCUUCAGUUGAGGUACAGUCUGCGCAUUCUUAUUGGAGAUCCUCCUCACCAUGAUCAUCAUGAUGAAUUUUGCCUUAUGCCUUGAAUGCUGAGGUUAAUAAUCGUAUACCACCCUGCUUCCCAAACUUGCAUUUUCUUGAUGUACCCUUUACUGUGAACCUUUUGUGUUCUGUCAUUUUUCUGAUUGGAGAUUUAAUUUUCACUUUUGACUUAGUCUGUAAGUUUUUCUGUCAGCAGGGGAGAUUUUAUCAACUUGCAUGGAAAGAUGUCUAUUGCAUAUUGUAAAGCUAAUAAAGCAGUUUAGAAAGCA